UACGUAUGUCCCCAUUCUUGACUACACUUUAACCUUAGUGUGUUGGAGACAAGUGACGUCGUGGGUCGUGUCGUGUCGUGUCAACCCAGUCCCCGCCUAGAUACACUACCCCUGUAUAUGUAGGUAGGCACUACUAACAGCAGAACCCUAUCCUAUAGCUAUAAUGUCUCGAACGGGAUGCAUAAGAAGCAACACGCUAUAUAUACUCUACUUCCAUCUUCCAAGUUUAUCUAGGUGCUUUUCUAUUUCCUUGUGAAUCAAGAGCACUAGCUCGAGGCCGCAACGACUUAUCCGUUCGACCUACUACUGGCUACUGGCACCUUUCUCUCUGACAAAAAGAAGAAGAAGGAGAGGACUUGCAAUAUGAAUAUCGUGGUUGACUUUGCCCAAAAGGGGCUUGUUCUUUGGCUUGUAUACGCCAUCGGACGCAUGGUGUACAAUGUGUUUUUUCACCCGCUUCGGAAAUUCCCCGGCCCCCUUUCUCAUCGCUUAUCUGUCAUUCCCCGGACGAUAUACAUGGUGAAUGGCCGUUUGCCUUUCCAUAUGGACAAGCUACACAAAAAGUACGGCCCGAUCGUUCGCAUUGGACCCAAUGAGCUCGCCUUUUCCAGUCCUCAAGCCUGGCGGGAUAUUUAUGGGCAUAAGAAGGCUGGCGAAACUGAGUUCCCGAAAUUCGAAGGCACUUAUCACCUCUUUCCUCACUUACCAAGAUCACUCAUCAAUGCGACUCGCGGAGAGCACGGCGCGCUGAGACGGCAGCUUUCCCACGGUUUCAGCGAUCGAUCCAUGCGUGAACAGGAACCUAUAAUCGGCUCCUAUGUCGAUCUGCUCAUGCAGCGUUUGAAGGAAGUCACCAAGGAAAACAAAGUUCAGAAUUUACGGGAGUGGUACAACUAUGCGACCUUCGAUAUAAUUGGCGAUCUUAGUCUCGGCUCAGAAGGCGGCUUUGGUUGUCUACAGCAAUCCGAGUACCAUCCUUGGGUAAGCCUGAUCACGCAGGUAGUUCGGCAAGGUGGUAUAAUUCAAGGGCUAUAUCAUUUAGGCGUAGCAUGGCCGAUUGUGUGGGCCAGCAAGCUGGGCCUGCUCGCCGACUCGAAGCACCGCUCAAUCGUGUGGGAGAAAGUCGGCCAGCGCAUGAAGGGCGGCGAACGACCCGACUUCUUGGAAGGCCUCAUUCGUAAAAAGGACGAGCUUAAACUGGACCAGGCAGGCAUGUCCAUGAACGCCUCGCUAUUGAUCCUCGCCGGCUCGGAAACCACGGCGACAUUAUUAUCUGGGGCCACGUACUUGCUCACAACCAACCCUAACGUGCUAAAGAAGUUGGAACAAGAAGUUCGAUCUACGUUCAAGAGUGACGACGAAAUCACGUUACUCAGCGUUAGCAACCUGCCUUAUAUGUUGGCCUGCUUAAACGAGUCGCUCCGUCGAUACCCACCGGUUGCGGGUGGCUUACCACGACGCGCACCGAAAGGUGGCGCGGUGAUCGGAGGCAAAUUUAUACCCCAAGAUACUAUCGUAUCUAUUUUCCAGUGGGCAGUAAAUCAUGAUGAGCACUACUGGACCGCACCUCAAGAGUUUUCGCCUGAACGAUGGAUGGAGGACCCCAAAUUCAAGGACGAUCAGCUCGAUGCUAUGCAGUCAUUCAGCGUUGGACCACGGAACUGCAUCGGCCGAAAUCUUGCUUAUGCUGAGAUGCGACUGAUCCUCGCCAAAAUUAUCUACAACUUCGAUAUGAGUCUAGCUGACGACAGCCGUCACUGGCUACGCGGCCAAAGAGCCUAUACAAUCUGGGACAAACCUCCUCUAAAUGUUGUUCUUACGCCCGUGGUACGAUAAAGAAACCGAGUAUAAGCAUGCCAAGCUGACUCAAUUUUCAUCUGCCGAACCUGCAACGGUCAGCUAUGGGCACGAAGGUCGACUGAUGCCAUUUGAACGCAAAAUUUCUGACUGAGCAAACUCAAUGCCUCAAGGCCUCCAUCAAUUUUCCGCUAUGUUAAAAUGGAUAAUGAAUUAAACAACUCGAAACCGACCUAAUCUCUCGCAAGGAUAUCUUCAUAUUGUAAUAGUUACAAACAGCUCACCUUUUAUACAAAUUCUUGUAUAUUGCACAAUAACACUGGCAAUUCUACUCUUGUCCCACUAGGUUACCAAGAGCUCAGCUUUGAUGUUCAUACUGGAGUUGUAAUUCAACCUCUGUUAUCUCACUCUUCACGGGCCCUCUUCAAUGUUGCUCAUCAAUUUAAACUCAAGAUUGUUCCCUCGAUUGAUGAACUUGAUCAAUGUGAGGAAAACUGAUAUGUUAGAUGACUAGUAUGUUUUGAAGUGAAUGAGAGUAUAUGUCGGUCUAAAGCAUCC